AUGAUGCUCAGACCACAGACAACAGCGGUGCGGCCCACAAUAGCGCGCGUUGCAGCAGCGCGCACUGCCAGCCAGCAUUGUCGGCAUCAAAUCCACCACGCCGCCGCGACAACGUCGAGUCAUACAGAUCCAACACCACGAUCGCUCCACACCUCGGGCCCAGCAACAUCACGCUGCGGCUCACGUCGCUCAGCACGGUAUGCUGGCAUGCAGUAUUCGACAUUCCACUCGAGCUGCAGGUCGCCUUCGAACGCAGAGUCGACGGCGGGGUCGUUACACGCGCCAGCAUCCGACAUGCCUUCGGUGAGCCCACGCUCGCUGGUCAAGUACCUCGACACGUACGUCGUCGGCCAGACGAAGGCGAAGAAGGUGCUGGCCGUGGGUGUGUGGAAUCACUAUCUGCGGGUAGCGUCGAAUCAGCGCAUGCGCGAGGAGCACGAGCAGCGGCUUGCCGAUGCGCAACCGGACGAUGCCACGCCUGCAUCGCGAUCGCUUCGACUGGGCAAGUACCAACGCGACGACAGCCCGCCGGAUGGCGAUGAGGCGAUCGGGGAGAGCUGGAAGGCGCACCAUGCGAUCCAGCAGGAACGCGCGGCGGAACGCACGCGCGAUCCACACGGCGAGGCGACGCGCAGCCUCAUGUUCGGACGCGCCGAGCGCGAGUGGCUCGUCAACGCCGGCGGGCCCCAGGCGAUCGAUGAGACGAGAGGAAAGCCAGAGCGCAAGUUCGGCGACACCGCACCAGCGAGAAGGGCGGUUCAGACGCCAGCAGAGGAGGCGGGGCAGCGCCUCAGUCAGGGCGGCAGCGAGACGGCGCUGGCAGAGGCGGCGUCGAGAAUGCACGAAGCCGUGCUGUCGGACUACACGCCUGCGGCCAAGCGCACUCUUCCGCCGGCCGAGGUGGGCGAGGAGGAGGCGCCGCUGUACUUUUCGUCCAACUCGAUCGCGCACCGCUCGCCCAACACCAAGCCCGUCCCGCGCGCGCGCACUUCGAAGCCCGAGGCGGACGUGCACAAGUGGGAGUCGCCUUCCGACCGGGCUGCGCACGCCGCGAGCUUGGCGGAAGAGCGCACACGGCGAGCGCUUCGCGCUGCACAUCAACGGCUCUCCACCCCCACCUCCUCGGCCGCCUCAGCGACCCCGCCACCGACGGGGCUGGGCUCGUUCAUGUCAUCGCAGCCCGGGACUUUGCCGUUUUUCGAAAAGUCCAACAUCCUGCUGCUGGGCCCGUCGGGAAGUGGCAAGACGCUGCUGCUGCGGACGCUGGCGCAGGCGCUGGACGUGCCGUUUGUGCACGUCGACGCCACGCCGCUCACCAUGGCCGGCUACGUGGGCGACGACGUGGAGACCAUCAUCCAGCGGCUGCUCGUCGAGAGCGGCUGGGACGUCGAGCGUGCCCAGCGCGGGAUCGUGUGCAUCGACGAGAUCGAUAAGCUCCGACGCGGAACGGGCGGUGGGGGAGCGGGGGGCAAGGAUGUGGGUGGCGAGGGCGUACAGCAGGCGCUGCUGAGAAUGCUCGAGGGGACAACCAUCCAGGUGGCCGACAAGAGCGGUGCGGCGGCAGCUGGUGGGGGCAAGGCGAAACCGCAACAGGCCUGGUCGCCACUCAAUCCGGGUGAGGGAGGAAAGGAGCUGGGGGCUUGGUACAACUCGAGGCGGCAGCGUGUGGGUGGGCGUGAUCCUGCGGGAGGCGUGCAGGGCCAGGGUGCGUCGGUGAGCGUGGACACGAGCUCGAUCCUGUUCGUGCUGUCGGGAGCGUUCGUGGGGAUCGAGGAGACGAUUCGGAAGCGGUUGGCGUCGCACGGGGCGACGUUGGGUACGGCCGAGCUGCUUGCGCGUCUGGAGCCGGGCGAUUUGGAGCAGUACGGCUUGAUCCCCGAAUUCAUCGGCCGCGUACCGGUGUCGGUGGUGCUGGCACCGCUGACGCACGACGACCUUGUGCGCGUCAUGACCGAGCCGCGCAACAGUCUGGUGGACCAGUACACGUCGCUGUUCCAGCUCAACGGCAUCACGCUGCACAUGACGCGCGGCGCAAUCGAAGAGGUCGUCCACCGCGCUCUGGGCACGUCCGCACCUUCACUAGCAUCAAGCGCAUCAGCAACGUCCAACAAGGACAAGGCGGAGGCCAAGGUGGAGGCCAAGGUGGAGCGGGUGGCGGGAGGAGGAGCACGCAGUCUACGUCGCAUCAUGGAGGAGAUCCUGCUGGACGCCUUCUACGAAUCCUACGGCAGCUCGUCGGUCAAGUACAUCCUCGUCGACCGUGCCGCCGUGCGCGAUGGACACGUCAAGCUCUUCUCGCGCGGUCAGAAGUUCGACUUUGACGCCCAGUGCGGCCUCGACUCGGAAGCUCCAUCCGCCACCAGACCACCUCCACGCAAGGAUAGGCACCAAGUCGUCGAUCCCACACGCGCCGCUGUGGCUCGACUCAAAGCACGCGCCAUGGUGCGCGCACGACUGCGACGCACCAACCGCCUCGUCGAUCCCGUCAUCUACAUCUGA